AUGGAUGAAUUGGCUACACUCAUGAGUGAUUCUGCACUCGAUCUUUCCGUUCUUCCUGUAUACAAUAACUCCUCGGCCGAUGUCUCUCAGUUUCCUCCCUCCCAUGUCAUUAUGCUGCCUGCUAGCGCCAUAACCAUAUCAGGCUCCGACAAUAUCCCAUUUUACAUAUCGCCCUCUGGUGGUAUUGUCUAUGUGGCAGGUCAGUUGAUUCUUGCAAAUACAACUGUUGAACGUGUAAAUGAGGGUCUUGUUUUCAAACAAGCUCCGCUAGCUGCAGUUCCGACGUCAUGUGCAGCAGUGGAUGAACAGGAGCCCUCUGAACAAAUAGAGUUCGAUGAGAACUCCGAACCUGAUGUGUCAAGUGAUGCUGGGCAAAAGCUUCUCAAUCAGAAAGUGAAGAAGUUGGCAUCAAAAAUUUCUAAAGACAGUUUCGCUACUAGUAGCAACAUUGUAGUCGGCGGAUACAACGUCUCAAAGUUAGCUUUAUUGGCAGACCGUCUGAAGCGUUAUCGUACUGCCAGGGCUCUGUCACAGGCAAAGUUGAGUCGAAAAAUCUCCGAAACUACUACUGGCGGGCUAAAGUUUAGCCAAUCAUUUUUGUGCAGGUUUGAGAAGCUUGACGUCACUCUUCGGGCCGCACUGGGCGCCCAGCCCUACUUGGAGCAGUGGUUGGAUCAAGUCGAAUCGGAAGAGCAGGUGGCCUUGGGUACGAGCCAGAGGUCAUCCCUCCACUCUAACGAGGCCAUGGUAGAUCUCUUGGAUCUCCGUGAGAGAGUUGUAAGUGAGGGUGACCUCGAACCUGUAAAGUGUUUCCUUCCCGCACGUCGCAACCGCAAGUCUCGAGCGGUUUUUAGUGAAGCUGCCGUGGAGCAGCUAAUCCAGCACUUCAAACGCAAUUCCAGACCACGAGGCGAGGAACUUUCUCGGCUGGCAGACUCCAUUGGUUAUGAAAGGGAAAGUGUAAGGAUAUGGUUUUCCAAUCGCCGUUACCAGCUUGGGGUAACGCCGAGGCGUUGA